CUUCAAAUGACUUUGUACACUGUAUCGUCUAUUUCUUUAUUUGUUGUGUUCAGGCAAAUACAAAUAGUUCCAGUAAACUGACCUCCCCUCCACCCUCCACUCCCCUUAUUUGAUUCCAAAGGUCCGUGCAAACACACUGUAUAAAAGACAGCCCCUCAUUAAAAAAUACAAUAUAUUUUAUCCUCUCACCAAACUGGAUGAGUCUGACUGUCACUAUGAAAUAUUUGGCUCUGGCUUUUCUGCUUUGUGCUUUGGCACCACUGUCCAAUGGAGCCUGCCACCACAAGGUCAUGAAACCUGACAUGACCCAUUGUCAGGACGAUGUGGAUGAGACGUGGCAUGCUGUUGGAUCUUCAUGGAGAAACAGUCGAUGCAUGGACUGUACUUGCAGUGGGUGUUGCACUGGGUUCUCAAUCCCCGUGGGAUUCCCUGACUACUGCGUGAAAGUUUUUGACCCAGAGGCUUGUGAAUAC